UUUUUGUUAUUAUUUGUUAUAAAUGAAUAAAAACUUAUCUUAUUCUUCAUAAAUAUUACUAUAAACUAAAUUCACAUUGAUUUCUAUUGACUGAUUGAAAAAUUGGUAAUUAGCAACGUUCAGCAAUUAUUUUUGUUAGUCUGGCAACAUGCAGAAUGAAUACAAAUGCUUGUGUCAUCAAACGAAGUACGAACUACGAAGUGUGGAUGGGAUCAGAUCAUAACAUAAACUCUUAAAAUGAGUGCCGAUAAGUUUCUGGAAGUUGAUAAGGCGGCUUACAUCACGUUUGAAGCAGCAAUGCAAACGUUAGAUGUCGAGGUGAAGAAACAAAUUCAAUCCAUUAAGACAAUUUCCACUUCUAUAGAUACAUCAGUGGCACUUAAAGGGAUAAACUUCAAUAAAUCUGGCAAUAAAGGAAUAUUUAUGGGAGUCUAUGACAAUCAAAUCCAUUAUGACAACACAAAUUCCUUUAAACUAGCAAUCAAUGAAAUUUCAGAAAAGGGUGAUGUUGGUGAAAAAUUCUUUCUUACUCUACAUGCAAAGGUUGCCGAAGAGUGGCAAAACAAUGCCACAGUAAAGUUAUUUACAAAAAAAAUUGGGAAGGCCAUUAUAGUAUUUCAAAACAUUCCAUACCAAGUUAAGAGUAAAAACAUUGAAUUUCAUUUGAUGGUUCCUUCAUCAACUUGUCCUUGGAUGAAAGUCAAGCAUUACUUCUCUUCCUUUACUGAUGCUAAAUCAGAGCAAUAUGUAUAUACAUCACUCUAUGAUGCCGAAAAAAAUAUGGCCAUAACUAAGAAACCGAAAAUGAAAUGCAAUCUUUAUGCAGUCAUACAUUCUCAAAUUCAUGAACCAAAGGAAGGUAGACAAGGCAAAGGACACGGGAUGUUUGUGGUAGUUGAUCCUUCGUGCUACGAAGAUAUGGUGAAACAACGAGAGUAUUGCGUACAUGUUUUCACUUCGUCUCUUAGUGCUUUUCCCAAAAUUGAAACGGGUGACAUCAUCCGUCUACACCGCGGAUGGGCUGAAAUCAGACCAAAAGACGGUCAUACUGAUUUUCGAGUUUUUCGUGAAGAUGACCUGGUUAUAUUUCCGUGGAAUGACGAAGAAAGACCUCGGUGCUCGGCCAGUCGUUUCACUGUUACGAAAGAAGACGUUGAACUGGUUAAAAAUCUGAAAAAAUGGUCACUUGAACGAUAUCGAAAGCCAGUAGAAACGAUACAUGCCAAUGUAGAAGCUACGGACAAGAACCCCAUCACUCUAAGUGAAAUCAAAUUGCGAGAGAACUUUAACUUGUCCUGUCGCGUUGUAGACUUUUUCGAAGAAGAAUGUGGUAUGGCAAUUUGGGUUGAAGAUGGAACACGGUGUCCGCUUUUUACAGUAAGCGACACGAACAUAGGGCCGUAUGACUCGCAACAAACGCAAGAUAUUAAUAGUGACUGCCUUCGUAUUUGCAUUCGUUGCUCCAAAGUACUACUCGGUACUCUCACUCUAGAACGUCAAAUGCUACUCUAUCUCAGGGAAGUUGUACCAGUUAUUGAUCCUUUUCCAAGCAUCACCGUUGUGCAGUUCGAAAUCGUUGGCGCCAUCGAGUUGCUUCCGCUGAACACAAGAUAUCACAAGUCAUUGAUACAGAGACUGGCGAAAGCUAAGUAUUCCGUCGGAAAUGUCGAAUUAAAUACCCUGCCAGCUGAAAAGAUGGAUAUUCAAAUUGAAACUCAGCAACUCCCCGAACGGCAACAAGCCAAUCUUCAACCCACCAGAGAAGGGCUUUUGGACACGGAGCCUACAGCAAUUACUGUAGAAAAGGACGUCAAUCUCGUCCCGCAACAGUUACAAAUCGAAAAAGUUGUUGCUGAAAUUUCUGAAGAUAAGAUCAGUUCUCAGAAAGACAUCAUAUCGUCUGGGGAAUGUUCUACAGACAGAGCUAUGAAAGAUAUUCCAAGCGAUUUCUUCGAUCCUGGUUCUCCUCCAUUACCACAGUUAGUUCGCGAAGACUUUGAGCGGGAAUCUCAACGUUUGCAUCGUUUAAUUCACCCUGAACUCGGCGAAGCUCAUUUGGACGACUCAGAACUGAUGAGUCGUUUCAAGUCGCAAAAUUUGGCUUCUUUCGAAGAUAUGCACUUCAGCCAAGCGGUUGCCAGCACUCAAAAACCACCUCGUUGUGGAACAGAAGUGGGCGAAUCCAACGACGCAGACCAUUCUUCUAUUUCACUUUCACAAGAAAUUCCAAACGCUCAGCGGAUCCUGAGCCCUGCAGAGUCUGAGGCUGGCGCGAGUAAAAGUGAAUUGGCAAGUCCAUCUGAUUCUCCAGUUAUCGAUUAUCAACUCGGACGUCGUAGCCGUUCAGCAUCAAGGAGCCUCAGCCCACAUCCAGCCUUUCGGGCCGUCAAUGAAGUUUUGGAAAUCAAAACAAAUUGUCGCUCAAAGACGAACGACAUAAGCGAACUUGAAAACGAAAAUCAGUUAAAUAUCAGUAUCGAUGCUCCCUUAUUCCGUUCCCGCCUUGGCAAAGGAGACCAAAUUACCCGAAAAACCAAGGAGACGCAAAGCAAACGAGUAGUGGAAAGAGUUACGUUCGGUGACGGGGACCUAGAAGAAAUUGUUCUCGUCGCAAGUAAAAGCCAAGAGCAGAAAUCUACUGUUCAAAAGAGAAAUUGCAACAUAGUUAAGGAGCAAACUAUUAGUAAGAUUCGCCGAGUCAGCAGUGAAAGCAGUAAUUCUGACAUAAUAGAAAUUGAACCGGAUGAUCUCUACCAAGAAAUGGAUCAAGAGUCAGACAAAGAGUCGAUCAUCAUUUUGGAUCCCUCGUCUCAACUAGACCUUGAAAAAAUAUUUUGUGCGGUAGAAGAGGCUCAACUUGCAAAGAAGUAUUUGCAUCAUUUGGAAGAAAAGUAUACCGUUCAACCAGGCGAACGUUUUAGAAUAACGGCAAGAAUCAGUGAACUAUUACCGAAGCCGCAUUUUCCAAGCAUAGACGAUCCUGUCGGGCUAAAGAGUAUGCUAGUCGCUUUUUGCCUUGAAUGCAAACAUUUGUGGCAGUACAAUCAAUUUAUUGAUUCAGUCAGUGAUCGAGUGAUGCAACGACGAACUCUACCUCCAACGUCGACCAUACAGGACGACGGGAGUGAUUACAUUGUGGUGAACUAUCUGUGCUCUAUGGAAGAACAUACUCGAAACAUGCGCGUGCUUGUCGAAGGAACCCCCAAUAUUGACGACUACGAAUACGAUGAAAACGUCCUUCUCGACAGAAGCUAUCACUACAUUUGUCCUUUUUGCGAUUCAAGAAAAAUCCCGCAUUCACUGUGCACUCUGAAACCGUCGUUUUUCUUACGAAUGCACGUUACUGAAAAGUCGAACGCAAACGCCGAUAGUGAAUCUCCUGCGGAGUGUCUUCAUAUUUUAGCGACGGGUGUUCAUGCUGAAUACUUUCUCGGUACAAAAGCCGAUCAUGUGUUGCGAAGUCAAGUGGUUUGGAAACGUGCUGAACAACGGAUAGCAAAAUUGGUGGAGAGCAAACAACCACUUACUCUUGGUUUAAUCCGACGUGAGUCCAAUCCCAAUGAAAUUUGCCUAGAGUUUACAAAAACUGUCUUCGCUUCUAAUCAUCUACUUCCUUGGCGUUAAGAAAAAGCCAAAAAGGUCACCCCACAAUUAAUUUAUUUGUACGUUCACAGGAAACUUCAACUCUGUUUUUUCUUUAGUUUAGUUUUGUUUUAUUUCCUAUUCAUUUUCCAAAGAAAGUUAAAAUUAACUGCCACUUCAGAGUUGAUUGUUUCUUGUCAAUACAGAAAUCUGAAAUUAA